GCGCCCCCCGUGGGCGCCGCCGUGUGACGUAAGCGGAAGGGCACGUCACCCUCCGGCGGGGGCUGAGGCGGCGCCGCCGGGGCAGGAAAGGAGCUCUCAGUAAAAAAUGUCGUGGAUCAGAGAGGGCGAGCUGACCAUCAUAGAGAGGUUCUGUGCCAACAUCAUUAAGGCAGGUCCCAUGCCCAAGCACGUUGCCUUCAUCAUGGAUGGCAAUCGCCGCUACGCCCAGAAGUGCCACGUGGAGAGACAGCAGGGACAUUCCCAAGGCUUUGACAAGCUGGCACAGACCCUGCGGUGGUGCUUGAACCUGGGCAUUCGGGAGGUGACAGUUUAUGCCUUCAGCAUUGAGAACUUCAAACGCUCCAAGGAGGAGGUGGAUGGGCUCAUGGACCUGGCCAGACAGAAGUUCAGCCGCCUCCUGGAGGAGCAGGAGAACCUGAAGAAGCACGGGGUGUGCAUCCGCGUCCUCGGGGAUCUGCCCCUCCUGCCCGUGGAUAUCCAGGAGCUGAUUGCCCAAGCUGUGCUGGCAACCAGGAACUACAACAAGUGCUUUCUGAAUGUCUGCUUUGCAUACACAUCGAGGCAUGAGAUCAGCAAUGCAGUCAGGGAGAUGGCCUGGGGGGUGGAACAAGGACUGCUGGAGCCCAGUGACGUGUCUGAAUCACUGCUGGAUAAGUGUCUGUACACCAACAACUCCCCUGACCCAGACCUGCUGAUCAGAACCUCUGGAGAGGUUCGCCUCAGUGAUUUCCUGCUCUGGCAGACAUCCCAUUCAUGCCUGGUGUUUCAAUCAGUCUUGUGGCCAGAAUAUUCCUUUUGGAACUUGUGUGAAGCUAUCCUUCAGUUCCAGAUGAACCACAGUGCUCUGCAGAAGGCCAGAGACUCCUACCUGGAGGAGAGGAGGCGGCAGCAGAUGGAGAGGGACCAGGCCUACGUGAGCAAGAAGCUGCAGCAGGAAGGGAGCUCGUGCCCCGGGGACUCGCGGCGCCGGCGGACGCUGCUGCAGAGAUGCACGGCCCUGCGUGAGGAGAGGAUCCAGGGCUUCCUGCAGGCCCUGGAGCACAAGAGAGCAGACUUCUUUGAGAGAUUGUGUCCAGUGUCUGCGUGACACAGCUGCUGGGCUCUGGGCAGCAGUGUUCAGAGGGAGCAGGGACUGCUCAGGUCCUGCUCCAGGAUCUCCCAUCCCGCUGGUCCUGCCCGGGGCAGGGGUGCUGCUGUGAACUCUCCAGGCUCUGCUGCUGCUGCUGAGGAAGGUGGAGCCGUGCUGUGUCCCCUCCCUGCCCUGGGGACAGAUAGCUGCACCCUGCCGGGUCCUAGGGCAGCCAGGUGUUCCGGUGACAAGAAGUGAACUGCAGUGAGCCUCCUCCAGUUCUCUGCUUCCUCCUGAGCUGGCCCAGCCAAGCCAGUCCUGUUAAAUCAGUCUGGGCUCUGCUUCUCUCCAUGGCUUUGCAGUAGGAAUCUUCUGUUGAGAUCCUCAUCAAGAGAGCCCUGCUUUGUGCAGGGGGAGGAUUGUUCCUGGUGUCAGGGACAUUCCCCACUGCCUCCCCGGGGACAGCAUCUUGUGUUUUCCCCACCUGACUCUGCUGGGUUGGAUGUAUCCACUCCUGGCUUCCAGAGAGCCAAAGGAAGGGUUCUCA